GGGCUUGGGGGCCUGAGAGGAGGCGUCAGUACUCGGCCGCAUAGACGCGGCCCCGGCCGCGGCAUGAAGUCCCGCAGGGACAAGCUGCACAUCCCGGCGCUGACCCUCGAUCUGUCCCCGAGCAGCCAGAGCCCGUCCUUGCUGAGCCCCAGCAGCCCCGGCAGCCCCGGCAGCCCCUCGCUGGGCCUGCACCCUUGGAGCUGCCGCAGCGGGAACCGCAAGAGCCUGGUGGUGGGAACGCCUUCACCGACCCUUUCCCGGCCCCUGUCACCUCUGUCGGUCCCCACUGCAGGCAGCAGCCCCCUGGAUAGUCCCCGGACCUUCUCAGCUGCGUCUGCCGUCAGCUUCCCCUUUGCCCGGAGCCACGUCCCGCACACGGACAGGGCUGACGGCAGAAGAUGGUCCCUCGCAUCCCUCCCGUCUUCUGGCUAUGGAACCAACACGCCCAGCUCCACCGUCUCGUCGAGCUCAUCCUCCCGGGAACGCCUCCACCAGCUUCCUUUCCAACCGACACCAGACGAACUGUGUUUCCUGUCCAAGCAUUUCCGCAGCUCAGAGAGCAUGGCUGACGAGGAGGGCGGCCACCGCUCACCCCGCCUUCGCCCCCGCUCCCGCAGCCUCAGCCCGGGACGCACGACGGGGACCUUCGACAACGAGAUCGUCAUGAUGAAUCACGUGUACCGGGAGAGAUUCCCCAAGGCCACGGCGCAGAUGGAGGGCCGCCUGCGGGACUUCCUUGCUGCCUUCUCGCCCGGCGCCCGGCUGGCACUGGCUGACGGCGUCCUGGGCUUCAUCCACCACCAGAUCAUCGAGCUGGCCCGCGACUGCCUGGCCAAGUCAGGCGAGGCGCUUGUCACCUCUCGCUACUUCCUGGAGAUGCAGGAGAAGCUGGAGAGGCUGCUGCAGGAUGCCCACGAGCGCUCGGACAGCGAGGAGGUCGGCUUCAUCGUCCAGCUGGUCCGGAAGCUGCUGAUCAUCAUCUCGCGGCCAGCCAGGCUCCUGGAGUGCCUGGAGUUUGAUCCUGAGGAGUUUUACCACCUGCUGGAGGCUGCUGAAGGCCAGGCCCGCGAGGACCAGGGCAUCAAGACCGACCUGCCGCGGUACAUCAUUGGGCAGCUGGGCCUGGCAAAGGACCCCCUCGAGGAAAUGGUGCCUCUGAGUCACCUCGAUGAUGGAGGACAGCCACCAGCCCCCGAGUGCCCGGAGAGCCGUGCCCUGGUCGGCGCCUCACGGAGGAAGCCGUGCGAGAGCGACUUCGAGACCAUCAAACUCAUUAGCAACGGGGCCUAUGGGGCUGUCUACCUGGUGCGGCACCGGGAGACCCGGCAGCGCUUCGCCAUCAAGAAGAUCAACAAGCAAAACCUGAUGCUGCGCAACCAGAUCCAGCAGGUCUUCGUGGAGCGCGACAUCCUCACCUUCGCUGAGAACCCCUUUGUGGUCAGCAUGUUCUGCUCCUUCGAGACCCGGCGCCACCUGUGCAUGGUCAUGGAGUAUGUGGAAGGCGGCGACUGUGCCACGCUCCUGAAGAACAUGGGCCCGCUGCCCGUGGACAUGGCCCGCAUGUACUUCGCCGAGACAGUGCUGGCGCUCGAGUACCUGCACAACUAUGGCAUCGUGCACCGGGACCUCAAGCCUGAUAACCUGCUCAUUACCUCGCUCGGCCACAUCAAGCUGACUGACUUCGGCUUGUCCAAGAUCGGGCUCAUGAGCAUGGCCACCAACCUUUACGAGGGCCACAUCGAGAAGGACACUCGGGAGUUUGUGGACAAGCAGGUGUGCGGGACGCCUGAGUACAUCGCCCCCGAGGUAAUCUUCCGCCAGGGCUACGGGAAGCCGGUGGACUGGUGGGCCAUGGGCGUCGUCCUCUACGAGUUCCUGGUGGGCUGCGUGCCUUUCUUCGGAGAUACCCCCGAGGAACUCUUUGGCCAGGUGGCCAGUGAUGAGAUCAUGUGGCCAGAGGGGGAUGAGGCCCUUCCAGCUGAUGCCCAGGACCUUAUCACCAGGCUGCUCCGACAGAGCCCACUGGACCGUCUGGGCACUGGUGGCACCCACGAGGUGAAGCAGCACCCCUUCUUCUGGACGCUCGACUGGGCGGGGCUUCUGCGACACAAGGCCGAGUUCGUGCCGCAGCUCGAAGCCGAGGACGACACCAGCUACUUUGACACGCGCUCGGAGCGUUACUGCCACCUGGGCUCGGAGGACGACGAGACCAACGACGAGGAGUCGUCUGCAGAGAUCCCUCAGUUCUCGUCCUGCUCCCACCGGUUCAGCAAGGUCUACAGCAGUUCUGAGUUCCUAGCCGCCCAGCCCACCCCAACCUUCACCGAACGGAGCUUCAGUGAGGACCGGGAGGAAGGCUGGGAGCGCAGCAGUGAGGGGGAGUACGGCCGCCGGCUAAGCACCGAUGUCCGGCUGAGGUCCUGGACGUCCUCCGGGUCCUCCUGCCACUCAUCCCUGUCCCAGCAUGAGCGGGGCCCCAGCCCGUCUCUCCUGAGCACCAUCAGCCUGGACACUAUGCCCAAGUUUGCCUUCUCGUCAGAGGAUGAGGGGGCCGGCCCAGCCUCUGUGGGCCCCAAGAAGCCCAUCUUCGUUCUGGGGGAGCCUGACCCGCCCCUGGCAGCCACCCCGGUGACACCCAAGCCCUCAAGCCUUUCUGCUGACACAGCUGCCCUCAGCCACGCGCGCCUACGAAGCAACAGCACUGGCGCCCGGCACUCCACACCGCGGGCCCUGGAUGCCGCCCGGGGCCGCCGCCUGGGGGGCCCGAGAGACCCAGCCCCAGAGAAGAGCAGGGCUGCCCCCGGUGGGGGCCGCGUGCCCAAGUCGGCCUCGGUGUCUGCCCUGUCGCUCAUCAUCACGGCAGAUGACGGCAGCGGCGGCCCCCUCAGGAGCCCCCUGUCCCCACGCUCGCUCUCCUCGAACCCCUCGUCCCGAGACUCCUCUCCAAGCCGAGACCCGUCCCCCGUGUGUGGCAGCCUGCGGCCCCCCGUCGUCAUCCACAGCUCGGGCAAGAAGUACGGCUUCAGCCUGCGGGCCAUCCGCGUCUACAUGGGCGACAGCGACGUCUACACGGUGCACCACGUCGUCUGGAGCGUGGAGGAGGGCAGCCCGGCCCAGGAGGCAGGCCUGCGAGCUGGAGACCUCAUCACCCACAUCAACGGGGAGUCGGUCCUGGGGCUGGUGCACAUGGACGUUGUCGAGCUGCUACUGAAGAGCAGCCACAAGGUCUCCCUCCGCACCACGGCCCUGGAGGACACCUCCAUCCAGGUGGGCCCCGCCCGGAAGGGCGUGGCCAAGGCCCGCAUGGCGCGCAGGAGCAAGCGGAGCCGCCGGCGGGAGACCCAGGACCGGCGGAAGUCGCUCUUCAAGAAGAUCUCAAAACAGUCGUCUGUGCUGCACACCAGCCGCAGCUUCUCCUCCGGUCUCCACCACUCCCUGUCGUCCAGCGAGAGCCUCCCGGGCUCGCCCACCCACAGCCUCUCCCCCAGCCCGACCACACCCUGCCGCAGCCCAGCUCCCGAGCCCCCGGCAGACACCGCCUCCCCGCCCAGUGCAUCCCCAAGCUCCAGCAGCCCUGCCUCUCCGGCUGCCACUGGCCACACCCGCCCCAGCUCCCUGCAUGGCCUGGCCGCCAAGCUCGGGCCACCCCGCCCCAAGACUGGCCGCCGCAAGUCCACCAGCAGUAUCCCACCCUCCCCGCUGGCCUGCCCACCUGGACCCGCGCCCCCGCCCCGCUCACCCUCGCCACUGCCGGGUCACCCUUCUGCGCCCACCCGGUCUCCACGGUUGCGCCGCGGCCAGUCUGCUGACAAGCUGAGUGCGGGCGAGCGGCUGGAAGGGGAGCCAGGGCGCCGCAGCCGCGGGCCGGACUCGGAGCUGGUGGUCAUGCGGCGGCUGCACCUGUCCGAGCGCCGAGACUCCUUCAAGAAGCAAGAGGCCGUGCAGGAGGUGAGCUUCGACGAGCCACCAGAGGAGACCGCUGGGCCAGCCGCCUCGGUGCCGCAGAUCGCUGUAGAGGGCGCCGAGGCCGUGCUGGGAGCCCUUGGACCCACCGGGGAGGACUAAGCCCUCCCACCUGGCCCCCCCCCCAGCCUGGCAGUCGUGCGUUUUUUGUGCAAUGUCUUUUCUGUAAAGUGACACCAGGUUGAGCCACCAGCCUCUGACACCUGGCCGGUGAGAGGCCAUCUCUGUCCCCACUGGAGGGGACAGCGCCUCCCUUUGUUCUGGUGCCAACCGGGCGGUUGGUGAAGGAGUGGGGGACGGGGUUGUCCUUGUAAAUAGCAGCAAAUCCCUGCGACUAAUUUAUUACUUUUUAUAAGCGAGAGCCAGACAGAGCUGCUGCGUGAAGGCGGCCGCCUGGGUCCUGCCCCUGCACCUGGGACCCCGUGUGCAGACCCUGCCCCCUGGGCUGAGAAGGAAGCACUUUGAACAAGUCAUGUGUAUUCGUGUGUUCUGGUUUUUCUGUACUUUUUACAGUUGUUUGUGUUACUUGAUCCCAUCCCUGACCCAAGACCCACUGAUUUGAGUGGAUGUAGCCCAGCUCACUUGUCCUGGCUCAGUUUGGAUAUGACUUGGAGCAUCUGUAAACAGUUCCCCUCCACCGUAAAAUAGUAAUCCCGAUGAUGGGCUGGAUUCUGAAGGCUACUUCCCACCGUCAUAGCCUCCAUCCCUAGGCCAGUCUUGCUAGAGUCUGCCUCAAGUCCUGCAGGCUUCAGCCUGGAGGAGGCGGUGUGGGAACUAGGGCUUUGAUGGAUGAGUAGGAGUUCACCAGAUGUAGGCAGAGGGGUCACCCACUCCACAGGGGAACACUGAUGCCCCAGGAGGCACAGGCCUUGAAGGACACUAGCAGGGCCGGGGAAGAAGGUGCACCUUGGACAAGAUUUCGUGUGUCCGAUGCACACCCAGGUGAGCCCUUGACCAUGAUGUGUCCGAAACGCCCCCAGGAGUUUCCGUCGUUUUGGAGCCUCCCUGGGAUGAAAUUCGAGUAAGAAAACCCAGCUGGGGGCAGGGGGGCCCGAGCUUGAAUCCUGGCUUCACUGUGUGGCUCUGGGGAAAUAGCGUCCCCACUUUGUGCCUCAGUUUCCUUGUGUUUCCAGAACUAAUCCCAGUGAGUGCUUGUGAAGAGCUCCUGUGUGCCAAGCGCUUCUGCUCACGGCUGCUGCCCCACCAGCCUGGAGACAGCAGGAGCUGUCUCCAUCCCCGCCUACAGACAGACAACAGAGGCCUGGCAAGGGCAGAGACAUGUCCCACGGUCACCUGGCAAGAGUCGUGCAGCCAGGCCCGUCAUGGGCAUUGUCGUCAGGGGAGCGGGAUGGAGAGUCUGCUGUCAGGCGGAGCUGACUCCAGCCCCAGCUAUCUCCCCGUGAUGCUGGGUGGCCACUGGGCAUCUCAGAGCCUCCACCUCUCCAUUUGGAGGUGGCUGGCAAGAUCGCCGUGCCCCACGUGGGAGGGCACCUUCCAGGCACUGCAGACCUCCUGGAGACCCGUGCCCAGCACUGCCCGGUGUUGGAGCUAGACCAAGGCUGUGCAUGACUUGCUCCCUCCUUCCACCCUAGAGCUGACAGUGAAUAAAAGCCCACAUUUACAAA